AUGUUUUAUAAGUGUAAUUCUGAUAAAAGAAAAUGUGAUUAUUUUCAAUGGGAAGAUGAGCCUUACAUAAAUAAGAAUAUUUCUAAAAAUGAUACUGUAUUAAUUAAAUGUUAUUGUGAGGUUGAUGCUGUUGCUAAAGUUGCAAACACUUCUAAAAAUCAAGGAAGAAUUUUUUAUUGUUGCAAUAAAAAUUAUAAGAAAUGUAGGUUUUUUAAAUGGAAAGAUGAUUUAUAA